AUGUUAUUGGAAGACCAGAGAUUCCUCCACGAGGACCUGGAGCGGCUGGAGCAAGCCAUCACCGACCGCGUGGCAGAAGAUCCGAAGAACAUCAAAGACCGACUAAUCCGUGACCACCAAAUCAAUGGCUUCUUGACCCGCAUACAAGAACAAUCGAAGCGAUUAUUAGACAUUUACAAGGACGCUGAAGGAUUGCGGUCGAAAGAAGUGCAGUCUCUUUCCACAGGCGAACCGUUCGAUGAAUUCUACAAGCAGCUCGAGGAGGUCAAGGACUUCCAUCGCCGAUACCCCAAUGAGCCCGUCGAGAAUCUCGAACGCGCUUACAAGCGCCGACGGCCCGAGGAGGGCGAAUAUAUCCCCUCAGAGGUGGACAACAUGUUCAGCGGCGAAGAGUCCAACGGCCGGUUCCUGGAUCUGACGCAACUCCAUGAAGAGUACCUGAACCUCCCGGGUGUCAAGCGACUGACGUACCUACAAUACCUCGACAGCUUCGACGCCUUCGAAGCGCCGCGAUUACCCAUCAGACGUCAGAACAAGAUCACAGACCAGUACUUGCAAUACGUCGCCGGGCUCGACAGGUACCUGGAAGGAUUUGUGCGACGGACGCGACCACUGGACGACCUGCCGAAGCUGUUCCUCAGGCAUCAACGCGAAUUCGACACAGCGUGGGAGAAGGGCGAAGUGCCAGGCUGGACGAAAGAGACAAAAGAGCAGCAAGACACAUCCGCGGGCCCUCGAACAGAAGGCAGCGGCACGGGAAUAUGGUGUGCUGCGUGCGAAAAGGAGUUCACAAACCAGAACGUCUACAAUUCGCACCUGACAGGCAAGAAACACAUUAAAAAUGCGGCGGCGAAGAAACCCGACCCGGCCAAUGCGAUCGACGGCACAUCAUCCAGACCCUCAUCCCUACCCAUUUCUGGGACGGCACUCAAGGAGCGGGCCGUUGCCUCGCACGAACACCGCAUUCGCGCGCUCGCCGACAUCCUCUCCAACGAACGCUCCAACACGCGUGUCAACGUCGAGCGCAAGCAAGGCAUGACGGAGCGGGAACGCCAAGCCGAACUGGACGCCCUCUUCGCGGAAGACGACGCCGCCGUGCUGGCGAGCGACCGCCGCGCCGCAAAUAGAAAGACAGGCGGUGACGACUCCGGCUCGGAAGACGAAGGCGACGAGAAAAUCUACAACCCCCUGAAACUGCCGCUCGCGUGGGACGGCAAGCCGAUCCCCUACUGGCUGUACAAGCUGCACGGUCUGGGCGUCGAGUUCAGCUGCGAAAUCUGCGGCAACUUUGUGUACAUGGGCCGGCGGGCCUUUGACAAGCACUUCAGCGAGGCGCGGCAUAUCUACGGCUUGAAGUGUCUGGGGAUCACCGGGUCGGCCUUCCUGUUCCGCGAAAUCACGGGGAUCGAGGACGCGCUGAGGCUGUGGGAGAAGAUCAAGAAGGAGAAGCGCGAGCGCGAGGUCAAGGACGAUCAGGUCGUGCAGAUGGAGGAUGGCGAGGGGAACGUCAUGCCCGAAAGGAUUUAUCUGGAUUUGCAGAAGCAGGGCAUUCUGUGA